GGCGCGAAAGAUUCCGUUUUCCGUUUCCCUGAUUUCUCUCUCUGCAAUCAGUUUUAGAGAGAGAAACUAUAAACACAGAGUCAGCAAUAGGGACAGAGAGAGCUUAUCUGCAAAGAAAUCAAAAACCCUAACUUUUUUAUUUUCUGUGGAAAACCCCUCGCCAUCCUCUUCUUUUAUUUCUUUUUACGUUUGUUUUUUUUUUUUUUUACCAGCUUUUUCUUUCAUUAUUUCACUACUUUUCAGCUUACUUCUCGAUUUUUUGGUGAAAAGGAAGAGAGAGAUCGGCACCGAAAAGAACCGAUCAUUGCUUCUGUGUGUAAGGUUUUCAGCGAUUAGAAGAAAAGGGAAAGCUUUGAUUUUGAUUAUCUGGGUUUGAUUAAUUUCUCUUUUUCUAGUGUAAGAGUCUGAAUUCUUAUUGAAUUAAGGUUUUUGAGGGUUUGAUCUGUCCCAUCUGAUGUUUUAUUUCCAAUUGUUGCAUCGAAUUCCUCUGAAUUUUUCUUCUAGAACCCCCUUUUUGUGCUCAAUUGCCUACAUUUUCCUCCCAUCUGAUGUCUUCUUUAUAUGUUGCUUUAAUUGCUCGAGGUUUCGCCUAAAAAUUUGACAUUUGUGCCUUGAUUGGUUUCAUUGAUCCUCUGUAUUCGGGUUCUAAUUCAUAUUUGAUUUGAAUUCUCUAUUCUGAUGAUUGGGAUCUUCUUCUAAAGCAUAAACGUCAGGUUUUAGGGGGUUAAAGUAUCUUGCUUUCAAGGACUUUAGUGAAUGAGAGUUAAUUCAGUGUGUCAAUUGGGCUUCUUCAGGUUGUAUACAAACUGAAAAUUAGAUUUGAAGUUGUAAAAAAUAUUGGGUUUUCCUUUGUGCUUGUGGUGAGUGAGUGAGAAUUUGAGCAAAAUGGGAGACCGUUACAGGUUGGUGUCCAUAGAGGAAUUGCCGUCACAUUUGGUUUUGGAGAUUCUGAUAUCAGGCAGGCUUAGUGCCGUUGAUCUUGUGUGUUUGGAGUUGACUUCUAGGAUGUUUGGAGGGAGCCAGGCAAUGUACCCUCUUAAGUUUAGGUCCCUCGCUGAUUUUGCAGCAUUUCAACUUUGUGCAUCACAUGUUAUCUUUGUUGGAAUGAGUUUGACUGCCCAGAAGGAGCUAUUUGAUCGGUGUAAUGGGAAUUGGAAAAGAGUUUUAAGGUUUUUGCAGUCUGUGUUACAGUCAUCAGCUAUGGUCGAGACUUCAGCAGGCAAUAUGCAGAUAACAACUGGAAGGUAUCACACAUUGUUAAUUAGCAAUUCAUCAGUGUACUCUUGUGGUUCCAGUUUGUGUGGUGUGCUUGGACAUGGUCCUGGAACAACACAAUGUGUAGAAUUCACCAGGCUUAGCUUCCCAUCUUCAGCUCCUGUGGUCCAAGUGUCAGCUUCUCAUAAUCAUGCUGCUUUUGUUUUACAGUCUGGAGAGGUUUUCACGUGUGGAGACAAUUCAUCUUUUUGUUGUGGCCACAAAGAUACAAGCCGCCCUAUUUUUAGACCAAGGCUUGUUGAAGCAUUGAAAGAAGUUCCUUGUAAACAGGUUGCUGCAGGACUUAAUUUUACUGUGUUCCUAACCAAACAAGGUCAUGUCUAUUCAUGUGGGACUAACACACAUGGCCAGCUGGGUCAUGGUGACACGCUAGACAGGCCAACCCCCAAAAUCAUUGAACUGCUUCUGGGAGUUGGCUCCGUGGUCCAGAUUGCUGCUGGUCCAAGUUAUGUAUUUGCAGUUGUUAACAAUGGAGCACUUUACUCUUUUGGUUCUGGUUCUAAUUUUUGUCUUGGUCACGGGGAGCAACAUAAUGAGUUCCAGCCACGCAUGGUUCAGACAUUUAGAAGAAAGGGUAUUCAUGUGGUUCAUGUUUCUGCUGGUGAUGAGCAUGCAGUGGCACUUGAUUCCAGUGGAUAUGUAUAUACUUGGGGAAAAGGUUAUUGUGGUGCAUUAGGCCAUGGAGAUGAGAUUGAUAAGACCCUUCCAGAACUAUUGAGCAGCCUUAAGACCCAAGCAGCCAUUCAGGUUUGUGCAAAAAAGAGGAAAACCUUUGUUCUAGUUGACGGUGGCUCUGUGUAUGGCUGUGGAUGGAUGGGGUUUGGUAGCCUUGGAUUUAGGGGGAUACUUGAUAAAGUAAUGCGGCCUCGAAUCCUUGACAGUUUGAGAGGCCUCUGUGUUUCCCAGAUUAGCACAGGUCUGUACCACACAGUUGUGGUCACUCACAAGGGAAGGCUAUUUGGGUUUGGAGAUAAUGAGCGUGCACAACUUGGGCAUGGCACACUGAGAGGAUGCCUGGAACCAACUGAAAUCUUCAUUCAGGAAAAGGAAGAUGAAGCAGGUCUUCUUUCAGAAGUAUGUAAAACCCAAGCACUACCAUCAAUUUGAUGGCCAUUGGUGUCUGAGAUUUCAUUUGAGACGUACCUGAACCCUGCUAGAUUUGUUAAUUUCCCACUUUAACGUUCUUUGAUCUUGAAGACUAACACGAAAUUGAAAUCGCGCAUGUAUGACAAUGAUUUGUUGUAUUAAGAAAAAUGAACUUAAGCACGUAGUUGUUCUUCACUCCCUUGUACUGUCUAUUGUGAGAAUAGAUAUUCAAGUCCAGU